AUGCCUCUCACCGGUGGGCGUGAAACAAGUAAGGAAAUAUGGGAUGCUCUUCAUGCAGCAUUCAGCUUUGCCUCUACCACCCACAUUCUCUCUCAAAAUGUGGCCCUACAGAACCUUGUCCAUAAACUCGACGAGAAUGUCACUCAGUUUCUCCAUCGGGCCAAAGCCCUCUCUGAUGAACUCAGUGUUACAGGAAAGCCCCUCCCCACGGAGGAUUUGAAUAUACACAUUUUUCGUGCUCUUCAUCCUAAGUUUGAAUCUAUGGUCUCUGCAGUGAUGGAUCGCAGUGAACCAAUCUCAUACACUGAACUUCAUGGGCUGCUCCUCAGCCAUGAAUAUCUUAUUGCUUCUCGUCAAGCCGUGUCAGAUCCGACUGCUAAUGGUAGUGCCAAUAUUGCUUCUCAACAAUCUCGUGGCCCUCCCUCUCACCCUUACGGCCAUGGCUCUCCCACUGGUCGUGGUUGUGUUGGGGGAGGCCGUGGUGCUCCAACUGGCCCUAGUGGGUUUGGGCACUCCAACGCCUAUGCUCACAGUCCUUGUACAAUCUGCGGUCAUACCAAUCACCAAGCACCAUCAUGCUAUUAUCACAACAAACAACUUGGCCAAUCCACCCAAACCACUUUUUCCACUACCAAUCAGUCAUAUACCCAACCUUCUGCUUACCUAACUGCAAAUCAGCCACCAUUACUGCCCAAUCCACCCAUGUAA